AUGGUGACGAUCUGUACCUGCAAUGCACGUACACUUGCACGUGAGUCCUCGAUAGAAGACUUGACCAUACAGGCAGGAAGGAUGAGGAACGACGUCAUCGGCCUGGCCGAGGCGAGAAGACGCCAGCCUUUCAACAUCGCCUAUGACACCGGAGAAGAACUGUUCCUCGGAACAUGCGACAGUAGAGGAGUCGGUGGCGUCGGCGUUGUCGUCAACACGAGUUUUCCCAUGAACAUCGAUUCAUUCGAACAACUAACAACCUGA